AUGUUACUAGAAAGACUAACUAAAAUCCCAAACUAUCAUGGCCUAUAGGCCUAUUGUGAAAAUACAAUACCUAUUGAAAGUUUCAAGAGAACUCAACAUACAUUAUUUGUGUGUUUUCCUUCAGCAACGCAUGUAUGAUGUAUCCAUAAUAUAAAUAUCAAUUAUAAGAAUACAUAGGCCUAGUUAAGAUGAAAGAGUGUAGCCAAUGGAAAGAAUACGUUCCAAUAGUUAAGAUGACAGAGUGCAUAGAAAUCAUUAUUAUUAUAUUUUUCUACCGUUGUAAGAAAAAAAAAUACAAGGGAUUCAUAAUUCAUCAAUAAGUGAAUUACAAGUAGGCUUUGUUAUUUUAAUCUUGAUUGGAUUAGAUCAUGUCGAUCAAUAUUAAAAUUGAACUCAUACCAAAGAAGAUGAGUGCAUGAAGCAAAAACGGCACGAUUUUUAUAAUGAAAUUGCUUUAUAUUUUAUUCAUUUGAUAAAGAUAAAAUAAUGUGAAUGAGUUUCAUGGUAAUAAUAAUUAUUGCCCGUCCAACUUCCAUUAACUUACUUUUCCCACAUCGUUGUACACAGAGGUCUGUGAAACUGAGCUCAUUCAGUACGUAGGCCUACCGUACCUGACCGUGCACUAUCGUUAUCACAAUACCCUAAUAUUAUUGUUUCUCCACUAAAGCUCACUCCAACUGAAUUACUAGAUUUCUAAAAUUAUAUCAAACCUGAUUGGAAAAAUAUAUAGAGGCUUAGGCCUAAAAGCUAUUCAUUCAUAUUUACAUGCAAAUCACAAUUUAUCUGGAUAAGCCUCAACCAGCUCUAACAAUGCGCUCAGAAACGGAAUGAGAACGAAAUGCACACUUGAUUCGUCACAAAUGGACUUGUUAAAUGAUCAAUCUGUAACAGCUUGGACUUGGACAUCAUUUGACAGUCAGUCAUAAAGAUCAUCCAGUCUUUUGAUACAGCAUGACGAUGCUGGUUUUACUGAUCUCUAUUCUAUUUCUUCAACAAGUUUGGACUAUUAACGGUGGAGAAUGCACCAAUGAUACUUCUAAAUCAAAUAUGUUGAGGCUUAAAAAAUACCUUCUCUGCAAUUACGACAGAGAAAUUAGACCAGUGCUUCAUAACACAAAUCAGACUACAGUUGAAAUCUCUCUGUAUCCAAUUUCAAUUUAUUUGAAUGAACAAUCCCAUACAAUGUCCCUCACGUGCUGGCUUGUCAUCAAAUGGUAUGAUGAAUUUCUCAAGUGGGAUCCCAGUGAUUUUGAAGGAUUGAAUGAUUUCACUACGGACACAACAUCGAUCUGGUUUCCUGAUCUGAGCGUUGUGAACAUGAAAAGUUCCAUGCACUACUAUUAUCCACCUGGAGUGGCAGUGGUAUCUCCGAAUGGGCAAGUAUACACCGAAAGCUUCCCUUAUUACCAGAGCACCUGUGAUUUGGACAUGACAAAUUGGCCAUACGAUGUUCAAACGUGCAGCUUGCUGCUUGCUUCCAGAUCGUUUGUGAUGAAAGAAUUGGAUUUGACAUUGCGGAAUGAGACAGUGAAAUAUCUGGAUUUAGUCGUUCCUGGAGAUUACUGGGAAAUCCUAUCAGUGAGAACAACGCGUGAUGAACAUAAAUUUAAGUUCCACUCUCUGGUGACGCUUAGAUUUAAAUUUGAGUUGAAGCGACGCACUCAUGUUAAACACGUGGCUGUUUUGGCUCCAGGUCUGGUAAUGCCCAUAAUGGUCUUGACCACGUUUUGGCUGGAUCUAGCAAGCUCAUCUCGAUUGAACAUCGCUGUCUUGGCCAAUAUCUGUCAUCUGCUGCACUUGACCAGUUUGACCUCGCAGACUACUGGCACAAAAUUGCCAUCAAUAGUUGUCUACACACUGUAUUGUCUUGUCCUGUCUGUGGCCAAUAUGAUUUUCAUUGUGGCUUUGAAAUUUCUGUCCGAUCUCACCAUCAAUACAUACUAUCAGCAGCGCGUCACUAGAUGGAUCAGCUUCAAUAGAUACGCUCAACACAUAAUGUUCAUUAAUACACAUAAGGAUCGUAACCUGGAUGAAAGCGAAGAUGAAUCUUCAUUAGUAGUCAUCAACACGGCAAGUCAUCAAUGGAAAAUAAUAACUACAUUUUUGGAUCGAAUUAACUUUGUGGCAUUCAUUUUGUUCUAUAUUUUCAACUAUUUAAUACACUUCCCUGGUUGAAAAACAUCUACAAGCUAAAAUUAUCUUCGCAAGUGAGUCUUAGACAUAAAGAGGGCACUCAUACUACGAAUUUGCGAUUAAUUAAAGCUGGCUCUUCAAACUUUCUUUUUAUUUAAAAAUCAAGCUUGAUCAAUAAAAUAUUUUACAUUAGAAUGAGGAGAGGGUUAUUCACAUUAAGAACUUUGGAAUUUUACAACCUCAAAUUAAUUAUUAAGAGGCCUAUCUUAGAUGUAAGAAGGAAUUACUUGAUUUAUUAAGCUCAUCAUUAUUCCCACUGGGAGCCGAAACUCACUGCCCUGAGAUCAAAGAAUAAUAUUAGUAUUCAAUUUGUAGAAUCUGUUAUACGGGCAAAGCAACUUGCUACAACUGGCAUACGGUAUCUAUUGUAUGCAUUUUCAGAAAUUGUUAAAUAUCUACGUAUACCAUAUCAUUGCUAACAAGCAGAACAAUUAUUAUAUGAGCCCUAUCUAUGAUAUUCGACAAAUAUAUUCUUUUAUUCUCCAAUAAAUAAUAUUUUAUUCUUUUAUUUUAUUGAUUGCACUUUAAACUAUAC